CAAACAAAAAACAACAAAAUCCUUAAGCCUCCUCUCCCAGAGCCCCACCCCCACUUCCCACCUCCUGGCUUUCAGCAAACUUCCCAGGCUCGGAAAAGUGCAGCGCAGGACACCUCUGCUGCUGGGGUGGGUGGGGGGACCUGCUGCUGGGAGAUGCGGUGGCUGCAGCGCAGCUGACUGCGACGCGGGAGCUCCGGGAACUGCUCCGCGCAGGAACACCAGUGAAAGCAGCCAGUCUGAGAUAUUGACACUAUAGAAAAAACUGACAGCUUGCUCCUUGUAUUGAUUCUACUCUUCUCUACAAAUAUAGACUCCGUUCCCUACCACAGUCUUAUAAUUCUGCCCCAGAAACAACAAGUAUGAACGCCACAGACAACGGUGUCAACUGUCUAUGUGCAAUAUGUGGGGACAGAGCAACAGGAAAACACUAUGGGGCUUCGAGUUGUGACGGGUGUAAGGGAUUCUUUCGACGCAGCAUACGCAAGAGUCAUGUUUAUUCCUGCAGGUUCAGUCGCCAAUGUGUUGUUGACAAGGACAAAAGGAAUCAAUGUAGAUAUUGUCGAUUAAGAAAGUGUUUUCGAGCAGGAAUGAAAAAAGAAGCUGUGCAAAAUGAACGUGAUAGAAUCAGCACCAGAAGAAGCACAUUCGAUGGCAGUAAUAUCCCCUCCAUUAACACACUGUCACAAGCUGAAAUUCGGUCUCGCCAGAUCUCAGCUUCAAGUCCUGGGGCCAGUACUGACAUAAAUGUUAAGAAAAUUGCAAGUAUUGGUGAUGUCUGCGAAUCUAUGAAACAGCAGCUGUUGGUCUUGGUAGAAUGGGCUAAAUACAUCCCAGCCUUCUGUGAGUUACCACUGGAUGACCAGGUGGCCCUGUUGAGAGCUCACGCAGGGGAGCACUUACUGCUUGGAGCUACAAAGAGAUCCAUGAUGUAUAAAGAUAUUUUGCUUUUGGGAAACAACUACGUCAUUCACCGUAACAGCUGUGAAGUCGAGAUCAGCCGUGUGGCCAAUCGUGUUCUAGAUGAGCUUGUCCGACCUUUUCAAGAAAUCCAGAUUGAUGACAAUGAGUAUGCUUGCUUGAAAGCAAUUGUGUUUUUUGAUCCAGAUGCAAAAGGACUAAGUGACCCAGUAAAAAUUAAGAACAUGCGGUUCCAAGUGCAGAUCAGUCUGGAGGACUACAUCAAUGACAGGCAAUAUGACUCCCGGGGCAGGUUCGGAGAGCUGCUUCUGCUCCUGCCCACGCUGCAGAGCAUCACCUGGCAAAUGAUAGAGCAAAUACAGUUCGUGAAGCUUUUUGGCAUGGUUAAAAUUGACAACCUACUUCAGGAAAUGCUACUGGGUGGUGCUUCCAAUGAUGGCAGCCAUCUCCAUCAUCCAAUGCACCCCCAUUUGUCUCAAGAUCCAUUAACUGGACAAACUAUACUUUUAGGUCCUAUGUCAACAUUGGUUCAUACAGACCAGAUCUCAACUCCUGAAACACCACUCCCUUCCCCACCACAAGGCUCUGGACAAGAACAGUACAAAAUAGCUUCAAAUCAAGCUUCAGUCAUCUCACACCAGCCCCUCGCCAAACAAAAGCAAUUGUGAGAACGUGUUUACUUCUGAACGGCACUGCACAAGUGUGAAAGGCUUUUGGUCUUGAAAUAUCUCAGGAUAGUACUUUGGGCAAACUCUUAGCCAAGGCUUCUUCAUGGUGCUGUUAUAAAAUAUUUGGUUUUCUUGUUUAUAUGCUCCUUUUGUUUGUCUUUGCUGUGGUGAAAACUUUCACGUGCAACCAAUGUAUAUUUGAGUUUGAAGUUGUUUAUGUAGUUUCCAACUGCCCCUGCACUGUGCCUGAACCAGUGAAAUCUUAUGUACUACUUUCAUUUGUUUUCAUAUUAUUAAUUUAAAUCUGUAAAUAAUUGCUUUGCUGUGAUGUGAUGCAGAACUAAUUGUUCUUUUUGGCUAAGAGCAGAUGAGAAAUCCAAGGUUAAUAUGAA